AUGCGUGUUGUCUCUUUCCUUUUGAUUAGCCUUCUGGCUGGUCUAGCUCCAGCAGUACUUUUCAACGGUUCUUUCUCCAUUUUUGAUGAUUACAGCGGCAGUGCGUUGACUGUCGGUACAACUGGUCCGCUUAAAGGACUUGUUGAAGUUCGGCCCAAUACCAUAGACCCGUGGCUUAUCGAGACGAUUCCUGGUAUCGACUCGACUACUGGCACUACAGCGAUCAUACGGCACGCUGCCACUAAUCUAUAUCUCGGCUUCCGAAACAUCGAAAGCGGCGAAACUGCCAUAUUCACCGACGAGUAUCCUGCUAUAGUUCAAUUUGAACCUCGCGGGAAUCUUCGUUUCCGGGCUGAGCUACCUACUUCGAACAGCCUUUACUUAAGAUGGGUCGUCGAAAAAUUCAGUACCUUGGACAACCGCCUGGUUUUGAGAUUGCGUACUAGUUCUGCGAAGCCGGAGGGAAGAACAUACUUCACUGUGCUUGGAACGCCGAAUGCAACACUUCAUGAAUGA